GGACAUCUAUGUAUUGUCACGGAGUACUGCGAUGCCGGCGACUUGUACCAGCUGCUUCGCGCGCGGAAGACGGCACUGCCGGAGCCGCAGUUGCUCGACCUUUUUGCACAGGUUUUGCUAGCUAUUCAGCAUGUUCACUCUAAGAAUAUUUUGCACCGCGACUUGAAAACGCAAAAUAUAUUCUUAACGUCGGGGGGAAGUAUCCGCCUGGGCGACUUCGGCAUCAGCCGUCCCCUGAACGGUACAAUGGACUUGGCGUCAACCAUCAUCGGCACUCCGUAUUACAUGUCUCCAGAAGUCAUGUCGUCCAUGCCCUAUGACUUCAAAUCGGAUAUGUGGUCUAUGGGUUGCGUGCUGUACGAAAUGAUGAGCCUUAAGCAUGCCUUCGAUGCUACGGAUAUGUCCAGCCUUGUCAUGAAAAUCCUUCGCGGCGAGCAUCUGCCCAUACCACAGGCAAGUUGUGGGGAUUCCUGCCUUCUGCAUUUCGCCCAGGAGCUGAAGGAUCUUGUGCGGCAGCUUUUGUGCAAGAACCCCAAGAUGCGUCCCUCCCCGGAGCAGAUCCUCAAGAUGCCUCUCCUG